GGUGGCAGCAGCUGCUCAACUCCUGUCCUGAUUGGGAAGAGUUAAGCUGCGGCAAAAGUGCCUCUGCACUGUCCCCAAACCAGGGUCCCCCUGGUCUGGGGAAGGUGUAGGGAAACUGCUACUUGAGUCCUCCCAGUCACUGAGGACCCAAGUGGAAAGAUGUUCAUUCCAGGGAGAGAAACACUCAUGCAGAGGAGAUCCUUCAGGUGUCAAAGUGAAAGAUCUUUCUCCUAGAUAGGGCUUCUUUCUUACAUGAAAAUCUGAAUGAAUACGUGUAUGCUAACAAUUUCUACCAGGAGAGUGGUGAUUUACCUGGCUCAGAAAUCAUGGAUAGAAAGAGCAUUUUACAAGAGAGAAUGUGUUCACAUCAUACCCAGCACCAAAGACCCCCAUAGGUGUUGCUGUGGGCGUCUAAUAGGUCAACAUGUUGGACUGACUCCAAGUAUCUCCAUUAUUCAGAAUGAGAAAAAUGAAAGCAGACUGACUCGAAAUGACAUCCAGUCGGAGAAAUGGUCUAUCAGCAAGCACACUCAGCUCAGCCCAACAGACGCCUUUGGAACCAUUGAGUUCCAAGGAGGGGGUCACUCCAAUAAAGCCAUGUAUGUACGUGUGUCCUUUGACACAAAGCCUGAUCUUCUUUUGCACCUCAUGACCAAAGAGUGGCAGCUAGAGCUCCCCAAGCUUCUCAUUUCUGUGCAUGGAGGCCUUCAGAAUUUUGAACUUCAGCCAAAACUCAAGCAAGUCUUUGGGAAAGGCCUAAUUAAAGCUGCCAUGACAACUGGAGCCUGGAUAUUCACUGGAGGAGUAAACACAGGUGUCAUUCGGCACGUUGGAGAUGCAUUAAAAGAUCAUGCCUCAAAAUCUCGAGGGAAGAUAUGCACCAUUGGUAUAGCCCCCUGGGGUAUUGUGGAAAACCAGGAGGACCUAAUUGGCAAAGAUGUGGUCCGACCAUAUCAGACAAUGUCCAAUCCCAUGAGUAAGCUGACAGUACUGAAUAGUAUGCACUCCCAUUUUAUUUUGGCUGACAAUGGGACAACAGGCAAAUAUGGAGCAGAAGUGAAACUCCGUAGACAGCUGGAAAAGCACAUCUCACUUCAGAAGAUAAAUACUAGAAUUGGACAGGGAGUUCCAGUGGUGGCACUUAUUGUGGAAGGAGGUCCCAAUGUUAUCUCUAUUGUUUUGGAGUACCUACGAGACACUCCACCUGUUCCUGUUGUGAUAUGCGAUGGCAGCGGCCGGGCAUCUGACAUCCUUGCAUUUGGUCACAAAUAUUCUGAAGAAGGAGGGCUUAUCAAUGAAUCUUUGAGGGACCAGUUACUAGUUACCAUCCAGAAGACGUUUACCUACACUCGGACUCAGGCACAGCAUCUCUUCAUCAUACUCAUGGAAUGCAUGAAGAAGAAGGAGUUGAUUACGGUGUUUCGCAUGGGAUCGGAGGGACAUCAGGACAUUGAUUUAGCUAUCCUGACAGCAUUACUGAAAGGAGCCAAUGCAUCUGCUCCAGACCAACUGAGCCUAGCCUUAGCCUGGAAUAGAGUAGACAUCGCUCGCAGUCAGAUCUUUAUUUAUGGGCAACAGUGGCCGGUAGGGUCCCUUGAGCAAGCCAUGCUGGAUGCCCUCGUGUUGGACAGAGUGGAUUUUGUGAAAUUGCUCAUAGAGAAUGGAGUAAGCAUGCAUCGUUUUCUCACCAUCUCCCGACUAGAGGAAUUGUACAAUACGAGACAUGGACCAUCCAACACUUUGUAUCAUCUAGUCAGGGAUGUCAAAAAGGGAAAUCUACCUCCAGAUUAUAGAAUAAGUUUGAUUGAUAUUGGACUAGUGAUUGAAUAUCUGAUGGGAGGGGCUUAUCGCUGCAACUACACCCGAAAACGAUUCAGAACCCUCUACCACAACUUGUUUGGCCCCAAGAGGCCAAAGGCCCUGAAACUGCUUGGAAUGGAGGAUGAUGUCCCUUUGCGAAGAGGAAGGAAGACAACUAAGAAACGAGAGGAAGAAGUGGAUAUUGAUUUGGAUGAUCCUGAAAUUAACCAUUUUCCUUUCCCCUUCCAUGAGUUGAUGGUGUGGGCUGUCCUGAUGAAGCGUCAAAAGAUGGCCCUCUUCUUCUGGCAGCAUGGGGAGGAGGCUAUGGCUAAAGCUUUGGUGGCCUGUAAACUCUGCAAAGCCAUGGCCCAUGAAGCAUCAGAAAAUGACAUGGUGGAUGACAUAUCUCAGGAGCUGAACCACAAUUCCAGGGAUUUUGGCCAGUUGGCAGUAGAGCUGUUGGACCAAUCAUACAAGCAGGAUGAGCAACUGGCAAUGAAACUGCUAACCUAUGAGCUGAAGAACUGGAGCAAUGCCACCUGCCUGCAGCUUGCUGUGGCAGCCAAGCACCGAGAUUUCAUUGCUCACACUUGCAGCCAAAUGCUGCUCACAGACAUGUGGAUGGGCCGGCUUCGGAUGCGCAAAAAUUCAGGUCUAAAGGUAAUUCUAGGAAUUCUACUUCCUCCUUCAAUUCUCAGCUUGGAGUUCAAGAACAAAGAUGACAUGCCUUACAUGACUCAAGCCAAUGAGAUCCAUCUACAAGAGAAGGAGCCAGAAGAACCAGAGAAACCAGUGAAAGAAAAGGAAGAGGAGGACAUGGAACUCACCGCAAACAACAUGUGCUGCCCCCAGGACCCCGUCUGCAGGCAGGCAGAAGGACCUGCCUACAGGACCCAAUAUGCAGGCAAGCAGAAGGACCAGUCCUCACGAGCUGCCUACAGGACCCGUUUGCAGGCAAUGUUGGGCCGAGGGAAUGGAGAAUCAUCCAGAAAAAAGGAGGAAGAGGAAGUUCAAAGCAGGCACAGGCUCAUCCCCCUUGGAAGAAAGAUAUAUGAGUUCUAUAAUGCACCCAUUGUUAAGUUUUGGUUCUACACACUGGCAUAUAUCGGGUAUCUGAUGCUGUUCAACUACAUUGUGUUAGUGAAGAUGGAUCGCUGGCCUUCUACACAGGAAUGGAUAGUGAUUUCUUAUAUUUUCACACUGGGAAUAGAGAAAAUGAGAGAGAUAUUGAUGUCAGAGCCUGGGAAGCUGUUACAGAAGGUAAAGGUGUGGCUCCAGGAGUACUGGAAUGUCACAGAUCUCAUAGCCAUUCUCCUGUUCUCUGUGGGGAUGGUGCUUCGCCUGCAGGAUCAACCGUUCCGGAGUGACGGGAGAGUCAUAUACUGCGUGAACAUCAUUUACUGGUACAUACGUUUGUUAGACAUCUUCGGAGUGAACAAGUAUUUGGGACCAUAUGUGAUGAUGAUUGGGAAAAUGAUGAUAGACAUGAUGUAUUUUGUCAUCAUUAUGUUGGUGGUUCUGAUGAGCUUUGGUGUUGCAAGACAGGCAAUUCUGUUCCCCAAUGAAGAGCCUUCAUGGAAGCUGGCAAAGAACAUAUUUUACAUGCCUUAUUGGAUGAUCUAUGGGGAAGUGUUUGCAGACCAGAUAGACCCUCCUUGUGGCCAAAAUGAAACCAGAGAGGAUGGCAAAAUAAUUCAGCUGCCUCCCUGCAAGACAGGAGCAUGGAUCGUUCCUGCCAUCAUGGCGUGUUACCUCUUGGUUGCAAACAUCCUCCUGGUGAACCUUCUUAUUGCUGUCUUUAACAACACAUUUUUUGAGGUUAAAUCUAUAUCUAACCAAGUCUGGAAGUUUCAGAGGUAUCAGCUAAUCAUGACAUUUCAUGAAAGGCCAGUUCUUCCACCUCCUUUGAUCAUUUUCAGCCACAUGACUAUGAUAUUCCAACACCUCUGCUGUAGAUGGCGAAAACAUGAAAGUGACCAAGACGAGAGAGACUAUGGACUAAAACUUUUCAUAACGGAAGAUGAAUUGAAAAAAGUUCAUGAUUUUGAAGAGCAGUGCAUAGAAGAAUAUUUUAGAGAAAAGGAUGAUAGAUUUAAUUCUUCCAAUGAUGAAAGAAUCCGUGUCACUUCUGAAAGGGUAGAGAAUAUGGCCAUGAGGUUGGAGGAAGUAAAUGAGCGAGAACACUGUAUGAAAGCUUCACUUCAGACUGUAGACAUCAGACUUGCUCAGUUGGAGGAUAUGAUAGGACGAAUGGCUACAGCCCUGGAGAAGCUGACCGGUAUGGAGAGAGGGGAGACUACCAAAGCACGAUCUAGAACUUCCUCAGACUGUACAGAUGCUGCUUACAUUGUGAGACAGAGCAGCUUCAAUAGCCAGGAAGGGAACACUUACAAGCUUCCAGAAAGUAUAGACGCUGCAGGAGAGGAGUCAAUGUCUCCGACCUCUCCUACUGCUGUUCCCCGCAUGCGAAGCCACUCUUUCUAUGCGGUGAAUCUGAAAGACAAAUGUGGGUUAGACAGAUUGGAAAGUAUGUUUAAAGAAAGGUCUGCGAGCCUGCAUCGAGCUAGUAGCUCGCAGUCUGUAUCAAAAGAAGCAAAGAUACCUUUGAUCCCUACAAGCACUUUGUCUAUUGCCCCAGACUCCAGAAGGCCUUCAUCUUGCAUAGACAUUUAUGUUUCUGCCAUGGAUGAACUGCAAUCUGGUCUGGAACCUCUUGACAGUUCAGUAAAUAUUCUUGGUACUGGAGACCCAGCUCUGCAAGCUCAAAUAGCUUCCUCCAUUCUGGCAAACAGUGCAUAUGUUAGCAGUACACCUGGUGACAGAAUUUCUGGCAGAAGUAUUGAUUAUGAGGAAACCGCUACAAUGGAAACAAGAGCAUUUUCUGCAGAUUAUUCACACAUCACAGAUAGCCAAAACCCCUGGGACUCUGACCCUCCUUUAUAUCAUACCUUAGAGCGAUCUAAAAGCAGUCGUUACCUGGCUACAACCCCAUUUAUUCUAGAGGAAACCCCAAUUGUGAAAUCGCAUAGUUUUAUGUUCUCUCCUUCUCGGAGCUAUUUCAGCAGCCUCGGGGUGCCAGUCAAAACAGCAGAGUAUACAAGUAUUACAGACUGCAUAGACACCAGAUGUGUCAGCGCUCCCCAGGCCAUAGCAGAAAGGUCCAGUUUCCCUGGAAGUCAUGGAGGCAAAGUGGACGACUUAGGAUGCUGCCACCCGGAGAGAGAAGCAGAGCUAAGUCAUCCAAGUUCAGAUAAUGAGGAGACUGAGGUCAAAGACAAGAAGGGGAGUGCCUUAUCUCCUCAGGAUAGCAACACUGCAAGAACUCUAACCAACAGCAUACCGCUUCCAAAAAUAGAGCGAGCCAACAGCUACUCUGCAGAUGAGUCCAACAUGCUGUAUGCACACACAAGGAAGAGCUACUCCAUCAGUGAUAAACUCGAUAGGCAGCGUAACACAACAGCCUUGAGAAAUCCAUUCCAGAGGAGUAAAUCAUCCAGGCCAGAAAGUAGAGGGGACACCCUGUCUAUGAGAAGACUGUCCAGAACAGGCGCUUUCCGUAGUUUUGAGACUAAGCACAGCUAAACAUAGGCAUGUGCAGCAGGAAGUCUAAGGGUCAUCUGCUCUCCAGUCCAUUUUCUUUAGCAGAUUUAAAUAACCUCACAUCGUGAUUUGUCAACUAAUGUCAGUCUCUGCUGUCAGUCAGCCUAGCACUUUGUUAAUCUCAGUGUCACACACUGGCUUACUGGAUCUUGACUGAGUUGACAUUUGCACUUAAGGAAAAAAGGGAGGGAAGAAAGUUUUAUAAGACUUUUUUAAAAAAACCACUUCAUGAAGUCAUCAGUAAUUAGUAAAUCUGUUCGGAAAUCUGCCUUUUACUAAAAGGCAUCCCAGGAUGCCUGAUGAUUAUUUCUGAGUUUCUAGGACACAGGGAGAAAUCGACAAAAAAGAAAACAUACAAAUGAUGCAUUCUAAAUUGAAGUUCUGAUUUCUUUUACAUCUGUUUCACUGUUGUGAUGACAGAUGAAAAGCACCAGUAUUUUUGUAGGAACCAGCAGCAAGUAAACCUUAGAAUCUCCCCAGUCCCUAUAUCACUACACUUCUAAAACUGAUCAUCAUAAAGACAAACAGCAAAGUUAAUAAUCAUACUUCACCUGUAUCUUUUUGUAUUAACUGCUAGUGCCACAAAAUGUUUAUAUUUUCAAGAAAAGAAAGGGAAAAGAAAUGCCUUUUUUAUUGCAACAUAAAUGAAGGAAGAAUUUAUGUAAAAAAAAAAAUUGCUAGGUGAUUUCCUGUAUUAAGCAGGCAUUCUAGCACACUUGAGCAAGCUCAGGAUGAAUGUAAAAAGUGGAAUAGUAUAUAUUUAUUUUUUUAACUAACUUGUCAUCAAUACAUUGUUUCACUAAAUUAAAAGUUGCCAUGGAACAAUAAGAAUAACGUGCUGCUGAAGUACUGUUCCAUACAUUUCCAUUUUUUUAUUUCUGUGAAUAGCUUUUUCCUGAGUUGAUACCAUGUUUUUCUUGCUGUUCCAUCAUCAAGCUGCCAAUUUUUCACAUCAUUCCCCCAUUCAAACACAUCGUGUUUGUUUAUUACUAUCCGGUUUUAUUUGACCAUUUCGAAAUAUACAAAGCUUAUCAAGCGGUCUGAUCUCAGAUUAACGCAAUUUGACUGAAGUUAUUUAAUGGGAAAUGUUCCUGGCAGAGUAUUUCCAAACAUUAAAAAAAGACGGUGGAGGUAAGCUAAAGCAACAAGAUGAAAACAGAGGUAUUUGCUAGCAGCAAAAGCCAUCACUUGCAAGUAUGCUUCCAUUAUACACAAAGCUACAACAAAAGCAAUGUACAUUUUGAUAGGAAAAAAGCAUUGCUUCAGAAUGCAUAUAGGACCCCGCUGGACCUCAGGGUGUUGUUACACAUUACAGUUCGCACAUGCUAAUUCUAAGGAAUGUUAGGCAGUAUUAAAGUUAGCACACACUAUAAGUAGUUGAACUUAAGGGUUAAUACCCUCUAAUGUGCACAGCUCUGGCUUGCUGCUAGAGGGCUGGUGAGCAGGGGCAUGGCUAGGAAUUGCCAAGUCUGCCUUAUGGCUGCCUGACUCUCCAACUCUCCAGUGGUUUCCUGCUCACUUUCCUCCCCCACCCCCAUGAAGAUCAUAGAAGAUCCUUGCUCAACCCCCUUCCCCUCUCCCCCAAGGCUCCCCACUCAUCCAUAACUCUCCACGGCUUUGUCAGUCCAGGACAGUAGAGUUCUGACAGACAGAUCAUCCAUAUGGAAGGGGCUGAACGUGGUGCAUCCUGGGAUACUGGAGAACUUCAAAUUGCUGGUAUUGGCCCCAUGAAGCAAACUGACAUUACCAAAACAUGGGCUGCCUAAUGCCAGCUGGAGAUACUCCUCACCCAAAGAAGCAUAACUUUGAGCUAUUGUGAGGACACUUAGCUCUUCUUUUCCUGCCUUAACUUGUGGACACUUCCAUCUUAAAAGCAUUUAACAUGUGGUAAAGGAAAUGUCUAACAACACCUUCAGUGGUAACUCCACCUAUGAAUUCAGUUGCAAAAUGUGGUCCAUAGUAUCAAUAAGGAGUAGUAGUACCAAUAAGGAUAGUAUCAAUCAGUCCAUAGUAACAAUAAGGAUCAUCCUUUGUAAACAGAGCUAAUGAAGGAAAGACAUUUCUUGCCAUAUGACAGUCCAUGAAAAUAAUGAUUUUAUCAUAGUUUUACAUCACUUGUGAGCAGGAAAGGUUAAAAGUGAAACCAAUUUAAAUUAAUACCAUGAACAUUAGUUUGAAAUACAACAGUCUCUAAAAGUAACCACCAUGCAUAUGGAUUCAGGCCCCUUUUCUAAUGAUAUUAAUAUCAAUAUAAGUAGGAUUUUCGAGGCUGCCUCUGGAUUUUUUGGUGGGACAACCCUUUCCCAUUCAUUUUAGUGGAAAUUGGCCAUCCCACUCUCUGAAGCAGCUUUGGAAAUUUUGUCCUAAAUUUGAUACUUAGAGUGUCACUCCAGAGGACUCUGAGCUCUGUAUGGUAAGCAAACAACUCUCAAGAACAACAGAACCCUGCCUAAAAAAUAAAAUGGCUAUCUAAAGAGUAGGGGCAAAAACCGUGAAAACGCUGUUCACUUUGUGAAAAGUCGGUGAAAUAAAAAAAUGCAGCAUGGUAACUUAAAAUACAAAGUAUAGUGUUAUUGCAUCAACUAUUUCCUUUCCAUAGCUUGUUCCAUUAGGCCUUCAGUGAGCUAGGCUCAGCUCCAUCCAGAUACCAUGUUUACUUGAUUCCCUUGCAGUCUAUGCACAGCUUUAAUGUUUCAUGAUGUGACCAAGAAAGGGUAAAGUUUCUGACCCAUCUCUAAGUGAAUUACAAAGCACUCUUGUGAUGGGCUAAUUAAAAAAUAGCACAAAGCCCAGGGACAAAGCAACUUUUGUUUAAAAAUCUGCUUCAAAUGUGCCAACUUUUGUUAACAGUCUUUUCCUAUGGUUUCUCUACAUUAUUUUUUGCUUGUUUUAUUAUUAUUAUUAUUAUUAUUAUUACUCUUAUUACUAUUAUUUAAGAAUGUUUUCUGAAACUAUUCAUAGACUUUUCCACCUUCAUCAGUAUCCUUGGCACGUACUAGAGAAACUCAAUGCUGAAUUAGUUUAAGGAGCAGAGAUCUCCUCUGGCUGAUUCACUGUUAGAUUGUCAGGGUGGAGGGGUUUCCCAAACCCAAAAGCUGUAUAAAUAAUUAGAAUACAGCACUUUAUUAACCUGGAGUAUAAAUUCCAGGCAUAGUGAAGCAGGAAGCUUUAUUUACCUCUUUUAAAAAUCUCCAUUAUAUAUAAAAUGUAAAUUAAGAUAUAAAAAGGUGUGAUCACAAAAUGUCAGAACACAACUUUUCCUGAAUGUCUCCCAUUUACUCUAAAAAUGUGGUAUCUAUAGAACAUAUUAUGAUGGAUGUUAGAAUAUUUUGUUUAUCUUCACUAGUUAUUUACUUACACACUACAUGAAAUGCUGCCUAUUUUAAGGCAAUGAUAAAAUUCCCAUUGGCGUCAGUGGGACCAGGAUUUCACUCCCUGCCUCAGUAGUGAAUGGUAGUUUGUUUUAAAUUCCUUAGUGGAGAUAAAAAUCUUACCAUCCAUCAUUUUAUAACUAUAGCAUGUGCCAUAUGAUAUACUAUGUAUUGAAUGAUAUAUUAUAACAUCUAUAUAUAUAUAUAUAUAUCCCAUGUAUAAUCCAGUAUGGUUGUGACAUGUGAUCAUGUUAGUGAACAUUACAGGAGAGCUUUAACAUCACAUUAUGAAGUCAUGUGUUUAUAAAUCUGUAACAUUCAAUAAAAUAGCACAUGUUGCAUUGAACAUUAAAUUCCACUUUUCAAGGUGUUAGCAUACAUAUGGAAUAUGCAUUUUUGGUCACAAUCCGUAACUGCUGUAUGUUUCGCACAUUCUUCUGUAUAGCUCCACUGUAAAUGUCUGUAUGAGCUGAUGUAUAAUUCUUUAAUGAGCCACUAUGAGCUGUGAUAGGUGAGUUGUGAUAGCGUGAAAGAUGAACUGGCAUGUUAUGCAAAAGAUUAUAAGAUACAUGAACUUUAAAUAAUAUUUUGAAACUAAAUUGAAUUUGUUGUUUGUUUACAUAUGCUGGCCAACUAAGGAAGCAGUGUACAGUAUUUUAUAAAUAUUUUCCUAUAGUAAUCCAUUCUGUUGUUUCUAGUUUAAGUGAUGCUAUUCUGAGGUUGGGUAUACACUUGUCCUAGUUAUUGGAUUUUAGCACAUUAUGCUUUCACAAUACCAAUGUGAUAUGACUGAAGUAGUUUCUCUUUCUUAAAGUCCAGUCUUUUUUUGUGGCAAUGAAAAUGCAUGCAUUGUUCCAUGAAUUUCUUUGGACUACUAUGAGGCUUAACAUUUUACUAUUGCCUGCCUGUAAUGAUGAAUCCAGUUAGGAAUUAAUUCAAGUUUUUGAACUUUUACAUUAUUUUCCAUUAUGUCCAAUCUUUAAGCAAACAAAACUUAUUUCUAAUUUUUUUUUUAAAUAGAGAUAAUGAUUUCAUGAAAAAAUGAAGUAUUAAACUCCAAGGUGUGAACCUUUAGCAGUCCUGAGACAUUUAGCUCUCUGUUUUGGAACGGGAAAGGUGCUUCAUUCCUGCAUUUAGCACAGUUGUGUAAUAAGUAAUGACAAGAAGAUCUAAAUUGUUAAAACAGAAAAAACACUAAGAAAAUGCCCAUUAAUUCAUGUGGCAAAACUGCUCUCCACUCUAGUUAUAUAUUGUUAUUUAAAUAAUUUUGGUGAAAAUGGAUCUUUGUCUCUGGAAGGGUGUUUUUGUCUUAAAAUAUGUAAUUUUUGUAAAAGAAGAAAAUGAUUUGUUUCUUAGAAGUUGUUCAGCGCAUGAAAAAUGCAAAAGUAGAAAAUUUAACUUUGCAAACAACUGCUUACACAAUAUAAUGAGUGCUGUUCACAGCAUAGGGCCUUAUUCUAAUCCCUGCAGUUGGAAUGACAAGGGCAUCCCUCUCUUGAAAGCAAAUGUUAGUGAAUUUAUGACCAUUGAGUAAGUCUU